CGUCGCGCGAACCGCACGUUUUGUGACACCCAUGCUCGCGACACGCGCUCUCUGUGUACCUGUGCCCUGUGUUAAACUUCUAAAAGUACGUAAACACCACUAACUAGCCAGUGUUGCAAGUGCUGCCUCCAGUGAUUGAGCAGCGGCGUCGCACCGUGCGCCCCGCGCUCGUUGCAGACUCGGUUGCAUUCUGCAGGAAUACAACAGUAUGUAGUGGCUAGUGGACAGUGAGGAUACAAAAGCGGUAUUUUUAAAAAGCAAAAAGAUGGCGGAUUUCAUCGACGACACGACGGUCGACGACGACGUCGGCUACGAAUACGACACGACGAAGAUACCGGAGAUAGUGACGCCGGAUGAGAUGAACGAGUCCGGGUACCAGGAGGGAUCGGAGCAGAGUUAUGGGGAGCGACGGGAUAGUAAGGAGGGGUUCGAGGGGGAUUCUGACAGCGGGGUGGACGGUGUUGACGGGGUGAGCAGCGGGUGCAGUACGGCGGACGACUGCCCCGUGGUGUCGAUCAACGACGUGGUGGCGUACUAUGAUGACAUCCGACCCCGCCGGCGGCACGCGCCGCAGCUCAACUUCUACAACGUGGACAUCGAGCGGCUGGCAUUGAACACUUUAACUCAGAGCGAGUCGAGCUACAGCCCGUCGGAAGAUGGAUGCGGCGAACGUCACGCUGUACUGAGCUAUGAGCAAGUGCGGCGGCUCAACGACGUGAUGGAUGAGGUGGUGGCAAUCAAUGGGCGCGGCAACUUCCCCACGCUACACGUGCGCCUGCGCGAGCUGGUGGCGGGCGUGCGCGCGCGCCUCGAGACCUGCGUGAGCGCAGGCGGCGCCGGUAUCAACGUGCGUGACGUGCGCCUCAACGGCGGCGCCGCCAGCCACGUGCUUGCCGACCGUCCGCAGCCCUACUCCGACAUCGACCUCAUCUUCACGGCCGAUCUGCCCACGGCGCGCCACUGCGACCGCAUCAAGACUGCCGUACUCAGCCACCUGGCUACGCUGCUGCCGCCGGCUACACCGCGCCGCCGCGCCACGCCUGCCGGCAUCAAGGAAGCCUACGUCUCCAAGAUGGUCCGCGUCAACUCCGACGGCGACCGCUGGUCCCUGAUCUCUCUCGGCAACUCCCGCGGCCACAAGACGGUCGAACUGAAGUUCGUCGACACGAUGCGCCGCCAGUUCGAGUUCUCGGUUGACUCAUUCCAGAUCGCGCUGGAUUCCCUGCUUGCUUUCCACGAGUGCGCUCAGCUGCCGAUCGGCGAGAACUUCUAUCCGACUGUCGUUGGAGAGUCGGUCUACGGCGACUUCCAUGAAGCGCUGCUACACCUUUCUGAGAAGCUGAUCGCGACGCGGCAGCCGGAGGAGAUCCGUGGGGGUGGGCUCCUCAAGUAUUGUGCCCUGCUGGCCAAGGCAUACCGGCCAGCGCGCCCCGACAAGAUCAAGACUCUCGAGCGCUACAUGUGCUCGCGCUUCUUCAUCGACUUCCCCGAGCUUGGCCAACAGCGCGCCAAGCUCGAGGCCUACCUGCGCAACCACUUCGUCGGUCAUGAAGAGGAGGCGCUCAAGCAUAGGUAUCUGACGCUCCUGCACGGCGUGGUGCGCGAGUCAACGGUGUGCCUGAUGGGGCACGAGCGGCGGCAGACGCUGGCGCUGAUCGAGGCGCUGGCGUGCCGCGAGCUGUGUGCGCGCGCGCCGCUGCUGCUGGCACCGAUGCAGGCACCGCUGCCGGCCGCGCCGCAGUACUACGUGUGCGUGUGCCCCGCGUGCGCCGCUUGCGCCGCCUGUGUAGCCUGUGCAGCCUGCUGUGACUGCUGCCGUGCACCGCCGCCGCUGCCGCCGCCGCACCACCACUGCGCCGCGUGACGCGACCCUCCCGCCCCAGAGACCCUCUUUUAUCGAUCGAUGAAUUUAGUGCCAAAUGUAUAUAAUACGGAUAAAAAAUAUAUGUAUAUGUAUGAAUCGCUAUCCUAAGCGUGAUUGUAUAUAAUUCGUGAUAUGCUUCGUAUUCUUGGCUGGAUCUUGAUAUAUAUAUUUUUAAUCGACAAAAAAAAAAGAUAAAAUGGGAAUCGUCGAAAACGUCAGGUCGGUAGACUAUUAGGCGACUGUGUUUUGCCGCCGCACACGAUGUGGAGACAAUUUCCUGUGUCAAUUCGAGUUGCUCACUACAGACAGAUCAAUUUCGCACGUCAAUUGUCACGCGGCACAGCGGCACCUUCCAAGGCCGCGAGCACACGACGUACCGGACGUCGACGCGUCACCCAUGCUGGGGCGCUACGGUAACCUGAAUUUUCAAAAAGCCUCUGGAUUUUUUGACAAUUACUUAUAUGUUAAAUAAUGUUAACUAGAGCUAUAAGGAACGCGACGCAAGCGACGCCGACGCCGCGAGCCGUGCGUGGGGUAAUUUCUAAUCGUACUCCUUGCGUGUUGAUCACUUAAUAUGUUAGCAGUACGAAAAUUAUGAUCACGUAUAGAAAAGGUUAGGAAGUAAGUCCGAGUCGAUGGUCUGCCUAUAAAAAAGACUAGUUAGUUACGUGUAAGCUUUUAUGUAUAAAAUUGUCUCCAUAAAUAAGCAUGUCUCUCAGGCUAGGAUCAGCGGCGACUGCAAUUGGAGUGAUGUUGCAGCGUGCAGGAAACUUUAGAAAGUAGAUGAACCAACUCCGGCCUUGUCCGAUGGCCUUUACGCGAGAAAUUCCGUUCUUUUAUAGUUUUUAUUACGGUUGCGCUCGCGCCGCGAAUAUCCUCGCUGCGUACGUAUAAAAAAAUAUUUUACUACCUAUGUAUUUUAUCAAAUUAUAAAGUAAAAUGUAUGUAUACAAUCUUCCCCUUUCGUGAUUGCUCUAGUAUUGUAUACGGCUUGGCGUACGAGUAACAAACUAAGAUUAAAUAUUAAACAAAAAAUACAAAAAACCAAAAAAAAAUAUUAUAACUAAGGUGUGUACAAUAUUAAAGUCCACUCUUAAUGAUAAAACCAUAUAUAAAUAUUUUAAGAACAUUUACAUGUAGCAGAGUCAUUUAGUAACAGAGUACUUAUGAACUUUUUUUUUACUUUUAACGUCGCAUCAAUUACAGUUUGUAUUAAAGCAGUAGAUCGUAUGAAAAAAUGUGAUUUAAUUGUUGUAGAAUUAACCUGUUGUCGAAGAAUAUUAUAUACUUACAUAACAUUAUUAUGUAGAUUACAUCUGUUAGAGAAAUAUAUUAAUACUGUUGUAUUUUAACGAGAUAUAGUUAUAUGAACGACGGUGUAAAAGUCUCCGGCCAAAAUGUGCAUGUUAUAGAUAAUUGCCAAUGCAUAUUCGAAUAAAUAUAUGUAUACAAACGUAUUGCAUGGAAUUCUUAGUAGGGCUUUAACUAAGCAGUGUUUGUUAUAUAUUAAAUGUAUAUUUUGGAGUAGAGACGUCCGGGAUGAUCAAGUACAAUCCGCUUCUAGCGUAAUUCUUAUACUUCGGAACGAUGAACGAUUUUAAAUGAACGAAUUACCAACUUGCUCACUGUCGAACCAAAAUUUGAGAUCUCAUUUUUUUACUAAUUCCCUCGAAAGGUUUCGUCUAAGCAGGUUUAGAGACAGUCUCACUAGGCGGUGCACAAUAUUGAUAAUUAACUUUAUAAAAUUAGCGCCCCAAUUCUUAUUCCGAUAGGAUACCUUUUUCUGAUAAGCUUCAAAGCUAAUAUGGAAUUGGAGCUCCAAUUUUCUACAGUUAAAUAACAUUAUCCUGUAGUCGUGUCGAGAUGUUCGCUUGACACCUCUCAGUGUGGACUGUUGCUUACUCUUGUUACUGAUACGAAAUUUUCCAAGUCCUUAGCGACUUAUGUACCGGUUGCGUAGUUCAUUUGUUAAUGCUUCGUUCUGUUUAUAAUAGGUUUCACAUCCGAAUCGAAUAUCAAAAUGUUUAAAAUCGCAAAAUUAGGUACCUACGUAAAUCAGUUAAAGAAAUCUCGAUUGUCUCCGCGAAUUCCGUUUUCACUCGAUCUUUUAUUAAAUCACUUAGUGGCCAUUAUAAACGGAACGAGGCGUAAACCGCAGAAAGAUUAGACGUAAUUAGACAUAAAAUUAUAUUUCGCAAUCGUCUGUACUUAGAAAUAAAGAAGUACAUAAUGUAGCUAACUGAUCUUAACUAUAUUCCAUUGUAUAUGAGUGUAAGUAAAUUAUCACUAGAGGUAUACUUACUAUUGACACAGGCAUCUACGUUGUGAUUGUAGUGUUUUCGACAGGUAUUUUAAUGUCACCUCUUUAUCUUGACUAUUAAUAAACUGUGAUUGUUAAACUAUAGAUCAGCUAUCGGCAAAAUCAGUUAACUUCUACCUCCUCGCGUCAACAAGAGUUCGCUAUUACAAAUGUGUAGCUAUUUACCUAUUUUGUGAUUUAUCUCUUCGAUGGGAACUUACAUAGACUGAGAGUAGACAAAUGUGUAAGCAUAUUGUUCGUGUUGGUAUUGAAGUGGGGGCUUUAAGGAGUUAGGGCUUGUCUACUUAACCUCUGUUGUCGGGCCGUGUCAUCGCUUGCCGCCUACUGGCUUGUAAUCUUGCAAAACAUGACGCGCCCCGCGCUUGAAUGAAACUCCAUUCUAAUUUUAUAAACUGUUGCUUCCAAUUACGGUCUAAAUAUAAUAAAAUCGAUACAAAAUGUUUGGAAACGAAACAGAGAGACAUUGCAAUGUAGCUUAGGUUUUAUUUUUUCUAUAGUUACCAUCAGUUUUCAGCUAGCCUUAUUUUAUAUUAUAAUUAAUUUACUAUAUUUGUGCACUGGUCAAGGCGCUUGUGUGCUGUGGUUGUUUGUUUGUAUUCUAUAUGUAUAUAUUGUAGGAGUAGCAGAUGAACGUUAUGUUUUCUAACGUUAAGAUACCUUUUCAAAAGUAUCAAUCGGACAUCAGAAAGUGUUUUGGUGUCGAAGAAUUUAUUAGAAAAGUGUAAAUUGGAAAGUUAUCUUAAUAACUAAAAGGAUUUAAGUUUACUUGAGUGAGAAAGUUCAAUGUUUUCCAUUACAUUUUAAGGGAUAGCUCGAAGCAAACAUAAUGAAACUUAUGCAACUGUGUCACGAAGGUGUUGUAACUCGUGUCAGACGUGACGAAUCACAUCGUAAAUUGUUCCCUUAUAAACUACAAAAUGGUUUGACGUCAUCGCACUGGUUUUUUUUUCCAGCAAUGGGCGAAACUAACCAGGGAAUUACCGACAGCUGCAUGUCAUGCACCCAUCAAGUUACAAUAUGUUUCUGUUAUUCUAUAAGUUUUGAUACUACUUACUCGUCAACUGAACACACAUGCCUAGUCAAAUGUUAUCUUAAAUUGCCUUUUGUUAUGUUUCUUCCAAUUAUUAAAUUUCUACAGUAUUUCAAUUUAGAUAGAUGGUAUGUCUUGUUAUUAGUAAAUGAAUUCUAACGUCUCAAUGUUAAAACAUAAAACCGACUGAUGGUAAAAUAUACUGCAUUUGUUCGUAGUGCCACUAAUAAUGUAUAAAUUACGCCACUAGGAACUGUCGAAAGUUUGAUAAUUUGUCCGCCUAUUUUAUACAUACAAGUGGCGCUACUGUCACGUACAAUGUUUUGUUAUCUGUGGGGUUUAUGUCUUAUAAAAAAGAAAGUUGUAUUUUUUUUAAAGUUUCGUUAUUUGUCACGUUUUGUGAGUGUAUAAUUUAAAAGUUACAAGUGAAACUCAAAAUGUAUUAAUUUAAGUUUGUACUGGAACUGUAUUUAAGCAAUGUUAGUACGCUGUGUGUUUAUUUAUGUAGAUGACAUACUCGUAGUAUCAAGGCGUAUUGCAUAAGUAACGAAAUGCAAGUUGAAUGCAUAAGCGAAACGUUUUAUGCAUUGCAAGUAGUGUGAAGCAGUGUGAAAUGAAAUUUACGGAUAUUCAAAGCAUUUACUUAUCUACUACGAAAUGGUUAUGGAAAUUUUAAAAGAUCAACACAAUUUAUCCGUAAGUUGUAAAGUUACUUCUUCUCGGGGGACGGCCGCUAGUCGUAAGAUAAAUUUAAAUGUAGCAAUUUGUCUUGCCAGCCGGUUUACUUAAAGUGUACCCUGCGCGGGGGAGUAGCUUUGCCGUGAAGUCAUAAUAGUAUUUAAUUUGUAGAGAAGUGUGAAGCACGCAAGCGUCGAUAUGUUGAGCGCUGCUUUGUGAAGCUUGAGGCAAGGCCGGGCCGCAGCGAGGCGGCGUGGCGGGCCCGCGGAGUGGCUGUUGCGGGCCCGCCACCCAGCCGCCGCGUCCGCGCCCGCAGCCGGCGGCGCCCUGUCGCGCGCACGCUCAUAUGUUCCAAGCGAGCGCGUGGCAUACAGACUCUCUAGUUUAGGGGUUGCUAGCUCAUAAAGCCUUACUUUGUAUAAGCAUAUUGUUAGGUUUUAUCAAAUAUAUUUACAUCAUAGUUUUUAUUUCCUCUUCCGAGUUGCCUGUUUCGUGGACGGAGCGCUAGAGCGCUGGUGUUACGAGAAAUUAACUAUAAAUUUGUGAGGAGUUUUAAGCUAUUGUAAAUUUUACAGAAAAUUAAAUAAAAAUGUUGUGAAAAAUAAAUUAUAAAAAAGUGAUAUAAACAGUGAA